AUGAAAUCAGAUAAGGAAACAGUAGAGGAACCAGAUGGGGAUCGGUUUCCCUCGUCGUUGUACAGUCAACUCUACAGCUGUAAAAACUACUGCACUGUACCGUCUGACAGGCUACUGCAUUGUUGUUGGAGAGGGAACAAGGACUGUUCCAAAACAAGAAAAGAAUACAAUGGUGCUGACCGAAAAGCUAUUGAGAAGAACUUCAAAGCAAAGAAGAUUCUUGUGUGUAGUAUUGGACCAGACGAGUAUAAUCAUAUCUCAGCAUGUGAAUCUGCCAAGGAAAUCUGGGAAGCUCUUCAAACGGCUCACGAGGGAACUACUCAGGUAAAGCAGUCCAAAAUAAAUAUGCUUACAACUGAGUAUGAACUCUUUAAAAUGGAAGAGCAUGAGUUCAUUCAAGAGAUGCAUACCCGUUUCACCUCCAUAAUCAAUGAGCUUCAUUCACUUGGUGAAAUCAUUCCAACCAACAAGCUGGUCCGGAAGAUACUCAGUGUUCUACCAGGUUCCUGGGAGAGCAAGGUUAAUGCUAUCACUGAAGCCAAAGACCUGCAGAAGCUGAUUAUUGACGAGCUUAUUGGAAAUCUCAAAACAUAUGAGAUGAAGAGAAAGAAGGAUCUUGAAAGAAGAGAGACCAAUGAGGAGAGGAACCUGGUUCUCAAAGCUGCCCUCACUGACUCAAGUAGUGAUGAAUCUGAAAUGACGUAUCUCACUCGAAGAUUUCAAAAGAUGGUUCGUAAAAAUGGUGGGAUCCCAAAGAAAGGAUGUUCCAGCAAGAAUUUCAAUGGAAAUGAUUGCUAUCAUAAGUGUAGAAAGCCUGGACACUUUAUUAAAGACCACCCUCUUCAAAAGCAGGAUCAUUACAAAACUAACACUGAUAAGGCAGCUACGAGGAACCCGGUCCCUGACAAGAAAUUCAAAAGAAGAGAUGCUGCUGACAACAUGGUGAAGCAAGCUUUGGAUGACUGGGGAGAUUCCUCCAGUGAAUCUGAAGGUGAGGAUGACCAAGGAGAUGCAUCUAUGAUGGUUGUUGACAAUGAAUAUGAGUCAAUCUUUGCACUCAUGGCUCAAUCUGAUAAUGACGAGGACACGGAGGAAGAUGAGGUAUGUUUUCUUGAUGUUCAAAGAAAUUUAAAAACUUACUCUAAGAAAAAAUUGAUGUCCUUAGCAAAUGUGUUGAUUGAUGCCUACCAUAGCCUCAUUAAUGAGAAAAAUGCUUUAAUAGAAGAAAUUGACGACAUAGAACAAGAAAGGGAUAAUAUGGUAGUUUCUAUUUUAGAUUUGAAGGAACAAGUGAAAGAAGUAACUAGAGAAAAUAACUUGUUGAAAAGCCAAACGCAAAAAUGGAUGGACAACACUAAGGGUAAAGAAGUGGCUGGUAAGGCUCGACUUGAGCUUGAGAGUGAGCUUAAGAAAGUUAAAACAAGUCUUGUUGUUGAGCUUGAAAAGAAUAGACAACUUCAGGAGGAUUUGAAAAGGGUUAAAAAUGAUCUUGAUAAUUCACUUAAUUGUACCUGGUCCUCUGAUGCUAUCACUGCUAUGUACACCAACAAUGGGGGAAACAUGCAGGGAAUCGAAUUCCAAAGGGAAAAAUCUCCCUACAACCCUCAUAGCAAGUACAUACGGUACCUGACAACUGGCUUUGCACUCACUGUGGCAAUACUGGGCACUUUAAGGAAACCUAUAUGUGACAAGGGAAAUAAAGUGGAAUUCUUGUCCAAGAUAUGCACAGUCACAAAACUUGUGACUGGUGAGGUGGUGCUUGUGGCCAAAAGAUACAAAAAUGUUUACGUUGCUGAUUUUAAGUCUUUGCAUGGUGGUGAUCUAAUAUGCCUAAGUGUCAUUGAUGAUGAUGCUGAGUUAUUGAGAAGAUGA